UUCAAACGAAAGAGCUGAAGCUAGAUCCGAAGGAGCCGUUCCGCUGAAAGUGGCAGUGAUCGGCAAAGUGUGCUGCAGAAGGUCCAGUUCAUCAGCAGCAGCACGGUCUGAAGGAGAAAAGAACACCAGAUAUGGCUUCAACAACUGCAGGUGGCAGCUAUGAAGACUUUCCCUCUGCAUCAAUUCCUGACUACAGCCAAGCAUAUGACUAUGACGAUGAAUCAAGUGGACUGUGCAGGAAAUCAGAUGUUAGACAGUUUGCCCAGCAUUUCACACCACCUUUCUACACCAUUGUGUUCCUGUUAGGUUUUGUAGGGAAUAUUCUGGUAGUGGUGAUAUAUGCUUUCUACAAGAGAUUGAGAAACAUGACAGAUGUCUACCUUCUGAACCUGGCCAUCGCUGACCUCCUUUUCCUCUGCACUCUACCAUUCUGGGCCCUAGAUGCAAAAUUCGGAUGGAUCUUUGGAAACAUCCUGUGCAAAACUGUCAGGGGCUUCUACAAAAUAAACUUCUUCAGUUGCAUGCUGUUGCUGACUUGCAUCAGCAUCGAUCGCUACAUCGCCAUUGUAAAAGCAAUAAAGGCACGCGUCUCAAAGCAGAAAAUAUUUCUUCACAGCAAACUAAUCUCUCUAGUAGUCUGGGUGACUGCAAUAUUGUUGUCGCUCCCCGAUUUUCAUUACAGUUCGAAAAAUGAGAGCCAACAGAGCUGCUCAACAGACUAUCCCGGGAGCAUCCUGAAAGUAGCAGGGCUGGCAAUGCAGGUAACUGUUGGGUUCUUCCUGCCUUUUGCUGUCAUGCUGUUCUGCUACUCCACGAUCAUUUGGAAACUGCUCCAGGCCAAGAGCUUUCAAAAGCACCGAGCUAUAAAGUUGAUAGGGACAGUGGUGAGUGUUUUUGUCCUUUCACAAUUACCGUACAACAGCAUGAUGAUAAUGAAAGCCAUGGACGCUGCCAACAUGACAAUCACCGAUUGCGGCAUGCUUAAGAAUGUGGACAUUGCCACCCAGAUCACAAAAAGCAUAGCCUUCCUGCACUCCUGUCUGAACCCAUUCCUCUAUGCAUUUCUCGGCGUUAGAUUCCGACAAGAUUUGUUGAGAAUUAUGAAAGAUAUAGGCUGUAUGGGCCAACGGCAUUUCAGGGGAGCUAGCAGACCACAACAGACGAUAUGGAAACGCAGCUCUGUUCAUUCAGAAACAGACACAACAGGGACAUUGUCCUUGUAAACACCAUUCACAGAACAUGAAGAAGCUGCAAGUCAGGAGCACAAAUAUUUCCAGAAUUCACUUUUUUUGUUGAAUCAAAACAUCUGCACCUGAAAAGCCAGAACAGCUGAAGAGUAUUGCUUUAAUUUUUUUUUCUAACGUGACUCAAUGUUCACCAAUUAGAUCUGGGCACGCAGUUUUCAGAGAGACAACUAGAGUGGGACGGGGAAAAUCAUUAUUCUUGUUAAAGUCUCAAUCAAACCUCAAACCUUGGAACUCAUUUGUUGAAAGAAACCAUUCAGGGGUGUGGUGACAACUUGCUUCAGGACUGAAUCAGCAGAACCGUAAACAGAAAAGAAACUGGUUGGCACUUGCAAUUCCCCCAUUAUGACGAGUCCCCCAUUAUGACUAUCAGCAAAAUACACACAAAGUGAUUUCACAGGAUAAAUUCGUGGCCGGGGAGCUGAACGCUCACAUAAGCUCCUCUUGGCUAGCGACGGGGGAAAAGUUAAAAGUCGACUAUUAUUUAAAAUAAGAAAAAUCAGAGUAAUGUGGCCAUUACUUGUGCAUUGAAAUUUACCAAUUAUUAAUUGCGAGUUUUAGGUUUUUUUAGCAUUAAAUGCAUGAAUAGGAAGUUAGAUUUUGAACUAUUUUAAUACUUUAAACUUUCCGCAUACAUGCCAGUGAUUUGUAGCAAUCUUUGUCCACUGGCGGAAAGGAAGCUAUUUUUAAACGUCUUAUUUGGUGAUACAUACUGUGACUUUUAAAAAUGCAUUGUAUAUGUAAUAUUGAAUCUGGUGUCAGAACAUGGGUCAGAUGUGUGUAGACAGGUACAGUAAGGAAUUGAAGGUAAGAGGAAAUUUCAUCAGUAUAAGCUUGCAUACCAUCGGCAUUUUGCUCGUUUGACCAUCUCAUUCUGGUUUUAAAUGAAUUUUGUUUUUAAUGAUGUUUUCUUCAAUACUUUGUAAGAAUUCCAAGUAAU